CAUUGUCCUUACCUUAAUUAUUUUACUGUCUUCUUGAUCGAUUCUUGAUUUCUUGACAGAAAGAUCAUCUUCUUGGGUUGAGGCAUCUACUUUACCUUAAUUUUGUUACUGUCUUCUCCUUGAUCAUUUCUUGAUUUCUUGACAGAUACGCAUACUCAGAUGAUGCAAGUGAUGAGUUUGAUAGGGAUGAUGGUACUUUAACACUCAUUAAACCAUCCACCAUACCUUCUAAGGAUGUUCAAAGUUCACUGGAACCUAGACCAGUGCAAGCCAGCAAUGGAGCAUCAAAUAAUGAUUCGGAAGAAGAUAAGACAGAGUAAUGCAAAUCUCAUUUACGAAGCUCUAAAGCAGGUGUGCAAUCAUCGCUCUAAAGCAGGUGCAAUCAUCUGUUAUUGUUGUAUCUAUCACUCCCUAAAUAUGCAUCGAGAAUUACUGCAGGAGCAAAAUUAUACAAGGCAAAAGUCUACUUUGGGAUUGCAAUAGGAUGGCUUUUCUUCAGUUCUUGUUUAUCAUUUUUGCUCGUGGUAUUUCCAUGUACGGUUUUUAGAUAAGAUUUCUAUGUACCUGUUACAGUAAUCCUUGAAUGUGCAUUAUUGGUUAUAGAGGAAACGAUGGAGCAUUUUUUUGUUUAAGUUUUGAUACCUUAUUGGAUUGUAGUUCUCUAGCCAUGCUUACGCAUACUGGGAACGGUAACUAUAUGAAAAAAAGUGCUAUGAGAACUGUAUUUUCACUUGGAAAUCACAAUGAGAAUAGUGUCCUUCCUGCUAAUGGGGACUCUUAUAUACGUUUUGAAAAGAUUACAUUCCGGAGAACUCAGGAAUUUUCUAACUAUAGUUCGGGGUUGGUACAAGCUAUUGUUUUUGAGGUAAAGGAUCGAGAGUUAGUUGGUGGUUCAGCCUAUGGUGGUCAAAGAGCUGUCUGCUGCACAGCUGAUCUUGCGAAGUUGGGUGUUUGUUCAGAAGGAGAAAUCAUUCAUCGUCCUUCAACAAAAGAUCCCAGCUGGCCUCAAGUCUUUGGUGUCUCAUUCAAUGUAGACGAGCUAGUUGCGACAUUCCCAUCAAAAUCAAUACAGAUAUCCAGUACUGGGAUGUAUAAUUUGUAUUUCAUGCAUUGUGAUCCUAAUCUUAAAGAGGUAGUUGUCGAGGGGAAAACUAUAUGGAAAAAUCCCAGUGGCUAUUUACCUGGUAGAAUGGCACCUUUAAUGAGAUUUUAUGGGUUCAUGUCCCUUGCUUUUGUUAUACUUGGAUUAUUCUGGUUCUCUCAGUAUGCAAGAUUCUGGCGAGAAGUUUUUCCAUUGCAAAAUUGCAUAACAUUGGUGAUAACACUGGGCAUGUUUGAGAUGGCUUUCUGGUAUUUUGACUUUGCUGAAUUCAACGAGAGUGGAAUUAGGCCAACUGGUAUCACUAUAUGGGCAGUUACUUUUGGUACUAUUAAACUUACAGUAGCACGCCUUGUCAUUCUUAUGGUUUCAAUGGGCUAUGGUGUUGUGAGACCUACCUUAGGUGGUCUUACAUCAAAGGUGAUACUGGUUGGAGUGACCUUUUUUGUGGCAUCUGAAGUGCUUGAAUUGGUAGAAAAUGUUGGCACUGUCAGUGACCUUUCUGGGAGGGCCAGACUGUUUUUGGUGCUUCCUGUGUCAAUGUUGGAUGCUUUCAUUAUUAUUUGGAUAUUUAAGUCUCUUUCUGCGACUUUAAAUAAGCUUCAGGCUAAAAGGAUGAUGGUCAAGCUGGAUAUAUACCGGAAAUUCACUAAUGCUCUUGCUGUAGCAGUUAUUGUGUCAGUGGGUUGGUUAUGCUAUGAGUUGUAUUUCAAAGCAAAUGAUGUUUACAAUGAGCGCUGGCAGAAUGCGUGGGUCAUCCCAGCUUUCUGGCGAGUCCUUUCCUUCUCUCUCCUAUGUGUCAUCUGUGCUCUUUGGGCUCCCUCUCAGAACUCAAUGCGAUACGCAUACUCAGAUGAUGCAAGUGAUGAGUUUGAUAGGGAUGAUGGUACUUUAACACUCAUUAAACCAUCCACCAUACCUUCUAAGGAUGUUCAAAGUUCACUGGAACCUAGACCAGUGCAAGCCAGCAAUGGAGCAUCAAAUAAUGAUUCGGAAGAAGAUAAGACAGAGUAAUGCAAAUCUCAUUUACGAAGCUCUAAAGCAGGUGUGCAAUCAUCGCUCUAAAGCAGGUGCAAUCAUCUGUUAUUGCUGUAACUAUCACUCCCUAAAUAUGCAU